AUGUCGAAAACACCCUACCAAUCCUAUGACGCACCAACGAUGGCUGGUACUCUAAAGCACAAGGAUAAUACAAGUGAAAGAGCACGUGCCCAGCGUUUACGUGAGAAAAAUCGAGCACGACGGAAACCAGUGGUGACUUACAAUUUACUCGGUGAAAAGUACGUUCGAUGGGAGGAAGAACUUGCAGACAAUGAAGAGAUCGGACAGAAUCAGUCUCCAUCCAGCUCCAAAAAUCUGUUUGAACACACUCCUCCAAGUCCGAACAAGGAUGAUAUGAAUGCGCUUGACGGUGAUCAUUCACCUGACUUUUGUGAACCUACUUCGAAGCACACUCCAGAUUCUACAGCAAAUACCGUUCACGCUAUGCCUGAAAUUCUCUCACCCACUUGCCAAGCAUUGGUCGAUGAUUCAACAGUCUCAGAAUCUGUGCCGGCCGAAAGCGACAAACCUGAUACAGCGUCUCCUGUUAGUCAUCAAAGCCCUGUCGAGGAAUCAGAUGACGAAGACGAUGAUGAAGAAAGUGAUGAAGAAGAGGGAGAAGAGGAAGAUGGAGACGAAGAAGAAGAAAGUGAUGAUAAUGAUACCGAUGCUGAAGGUGAUAAUGGCGGCAACGAUGGCGCAAAGGACCAAGAUAAUGUCAACAACAUACAGGCAACUCCAAGUGAAGCUACUUUGGCUAUCCCUACAGCUAAAAAGUCUCGUGGAGUAAAACGCGCUCGAAAGUUCAUUUCUUGCGGCGUUGACAUCUCUAGAAACGCGCUUGUGAAAAGUAUUCGGCUUUCGCCCAUGUUCCAGCAGUUCUGGAGGACAGGCUAUUGCUGGUGCAGUCCAGCUCCUCAACUGCAAAUUAUUUGGACCCACAAUGACAAAGCCAAGACUGGCAAGCGCAGAUUAAAGUGCAAAGCAUGUCACCAACGAUUGCACACAGUCGAACUGCCUCGUGUAAGAUACGUACCUCAUUUCUCGCGACAGAACACGCUUGACAUUAUCGUCCAAGUUUACAGCAAGCUCACAGGUACUGCUCACACGAGUCUAUACAAGAAUUCCUCCACGAAAAAAGACCGAUCAUCGGAGUGCUCGAUAGUCAGCACGCUAUUUGACUUGUUCCUGACUACCUAUGGUGUCCACAGCACCGCAGAGAUGAAGUUGAAGCAGUUUUUCGUGUCCCUGUGCCAGUAUCUACCGGAAUACGACGCUGUCGCAGUUUUUGGCGAGCUACUAGGACUCCACACGCCUGAUAAUGCGGAGGAGUGUGAUCAAGCGCCAACUACGUUGGUUGCGUUGUGUGUGUGCUGCUAUUCGUGGCUGUAUUCGCGUGGGAUGGUGGUGAAUGGAGACACGUUUUCGGGUCGGCUGUACGACCGUGACGGGGGCAAGAGUUAUACUACAUCCGAAGCCACGGAUGGGACGACACAUUGGCAGUUCGUCCGGGUCGAGCAUGCUCUGUUGUGUGCGCAGGAUAACUUGUUGUAUCCCCUCGUGAGUCCGGAGUUCCUUAGGAAUAUCAUGCUAUUCAUUCAGGAAUACGCACAGCGAGAGCCUACGCGCAUGUUGAGGGUAGAUUCGCCCGAUUUUAGCGACGAUAUUGUUCAUGGUGAUCGAGCAGCUCUUUGGAUUGAGCUGCAUCGCUUCUUGCGUCUUUUAGUUGGCGAAUGGAAGUUCCAGAACGCUCAAUUUCGAGCUGUGGAGAGAUUGCUGUUUGUACAUCCACAACGAGACAUAGCGAUCGAAGGAGAGUUGUUGGAAAAGCUUCGACUGAUGCUCAGUUGCUUUGUAUUUUACGAUCAUGAGCGCGUCGGAGUGAUGGCAGUCGGUGAUUUUGAGACUCUUUUGUUCAAAUUGCGAUAUCUCUGGACGGAAGAUAGCACAGCGAUGGAGGACGCGUUCGAUAGUGUCAUGUCGGCCAUCAAACAGCGAUUCCAAGACCUGGAUCACGACGGCCAGCUAUGUUACUUGGACUUCUGGGUCAUGUUGUACAUCGUGGGGGUCAAAACUCGCAGCUUGAUAUUAUUUCUCGAGAUUCCAUCCUUUUGUCGUGACUACAGGUUGGAAGUAUCACCCGAACUGAGCGAUAUGGUAUGGAACUAUAUGCAGUUAUCGUGCACUCUAGUGUUGCCAAAAGGGCUUCAGAUCGGGAAAAGCUCGAUGGAUCAGAAAGCCGAACGCCAGCAUCGCCGUCGUGUUGGAGGCUUACACGAUGGGAUUUUCCACUUCCCAAAAACCCUUACGAGUUCGUUAUCCACACAAGAAUUACUCAGAACUGAUGACUCCAAGAAGUUGGGGUUAUUUCUCGAUGGAUCAGUCCCUGCUACUCGACUGACUGCAAGCACAACGGCACUAGAUCGAUUUCGACCGCUAUCGGUAGAGUCUGACCUUGAUUCAGGUCGUUCUUCUCGUCGACGUCGUCGUGAGCCUGUAGUGUUUGGAGUUCGAUCGAGUGGACCAGCACCGAAGCCUAUUGCUCCACUACGAGUGUCUCUUAUGGGAAAUUACGACUCUGUAUCAGAUACAAACAGCACGGUAAGAUAUGAAAAUUACUCAGGUGUAGAGCAGGCCAGCACACGACAGAUAUUCAAGACGGGGUAUACGAACAUGUACGUUCAGUUUCCAGAGGUGCAGCCGGUGCGUAGACGAGUUGGAGAGACUGAAGUGAUGUCGAGGCAAACCGUUGGAACAAUUCCGGUCGAAGAUAGCAGUGAGGAGAGUUCUGUUGUCUACGAAGACUCUGUCGUUGAACAGGAAGAGUUAGUACAAGAGGAAGAGCCUUCGUCUGUGAGAACGCCAUUAAGUCGCAUUCAAUCUGCCACUAGCGUGGUGCCGGUCCUUGAAAUGGUUCAAGAAGAAGUCGUAAACCAACCAGAGCCUCGUGCUCAAACGCCAGUCUUAGAGAAAAGACGAAGCGCUACACCGGUCGUUGUGGUCCCCACUGUUGAACCUGAAGCUCGAGCGACUUCACGACGAGAAUUGCUAAAGCGAAAGUCUUCGGUUCGUGUAGCUUCCGCACAAGCAAAACUCGAAGAAGUAGCAGUCCAGCUCGAAGCUGAGAAGGUCGAGAUAGAAUCACCUCCGUCUCUCCAGCCAACUCCAGUCGCCACAGCACGAGAUGAACCUCCAGCCGACGAAAACGAAGGUGAAGUUUCUGGUGACGAUGACACCGAGUUCGAUGAAGACGUCGAGCAAACCAGUGUGCAGUACGAGGAACCUCCUUUAGAGGAGCCUGAAGAACCCGUCCCAAUUGUCGUUGAAGAAGUACCACCGGAGUCUGAGCCAGUAGUGGAAGAUCCUGUUGAAAUAGCUGAGCCCGUAGUGACGUCCAUAAUUCCUGAGCUAGUGGUCGACAGCGUUGAAUCUCCGGUAGUAGUUGAAGAUCCACCAGAACAGAUCGUGGUCGCUGAGGUUGCAGAAGUUGAAGUCGUUGAGGAAGAAAUGAGCUCGACACCAACUCCAAUUGAAGAGCCGGUUCUAACAGAAGACCCUGUUCCUGAUUUGAGCACUGAAAGUGAAAUCGCAAGCGAGGAGGAAGUGGCAGAAAACCCUGACAGUACACUGUACAAGCCACAAGUUAUCAAACAAGAUGAUACUCAAAUUCUCCAUGGAUUCCGCUUUUCCCAACAACCGGCAUUCAUACGCAGCGUGGCAGCUACAAACCCGUAUCGUACAGCAAUGUGGAAUCCAAACGAUGACAGCGAAAGUGACGGCGACGAUGAUGACGCUGUGGAGAGCAUCGAACAACAACAAACCUUGGACGUGGAGGGGGUCCAUAAUUCACUUCACAGCACCAAAGACGCGUCGAAACAUCCUCAUGACUUACAGGACAAAGGCGACGAUAAUGCUGGUAUUCUAGCUGACACACCGCUCAUUCCAUUCCGACGUAAGCGUUUGGAUGAAGACGCUGAACGAGCGCUCUAUGGUGAGCGAAUAGUGAACGUGCUAGGCGAGGGUAUCGCCUUCAGUCCGGAGACUGAAGCUGCCAUGCAGAAGAAAUGGCAGCAGUUUUUCGAUGAAUCCGAAUCAAAAAUGUUCACUACGAUGAGGUACGAUCUCGAGAAGAAACAAACGGAGCAACGCGAGGCUGAAGAACGUCAGAUAAAACUGCGUAAAAAGUGGCAGGAACAGCGGGAUCAAGACCUGCAGCGACUCCAGCACUCGCGACAAAGCAGUACACUUCUCAUGUCGACAAAGCAGGAUUCUAAUGGCGGAGUGGACGCAGGCUUCCGACUGAGACGAAUUCAUCGAGAGAGCUGUCGCCAACUCACCGAAGAGCUUCAAUUCGGCGUGAGUAUGCACCGAGAACUCAAAGAAGCGAAGGGGACACAGUUCUUUCACUUCUACUAUCUACCAGACAGCCAGGGAUCCAUCAUUACGUUGAAGAUGCACGUCUUACGCGGCGAUGCUGAGGUGUUCAUGUCCACAGAUACCAAGGUGCCUUGCUCCACGGACUUCAUGUGGCGAUCAUCUGAAAGACUGAUGGAGGAUUCGGGCGAAGGACAUCGUAUUAUUCUCUACCCGCACGACUUGUUAAAGGCAGCAUCCAAUGCAUCAAUGGCUAUGGAGACCAACGCCAGUACAGCGUUGAGAUCGUUUUACCCGAAGCAGGAUGCGACAGCGAUCCGCGUUGGAUUUUACCUAUCAGUUGUGGCUUUAGAGCCUGAUACAGAGUACACUGUGGCCGUCAUGUCCUCUGGUCAAAAGAUGCAGCCGUCGCGAGCUAUUCAAACUGUCGACUACCUCAUCGAUCGCUUCAACAUGUUGUCGAGGUCAUUCCAGGAGCAUUCGACAGUCUCGUAUUCCUCUAUUAUACCAGAAGAUGUGAAUGAACUGGAUAAUGAAGACGUAGACGAAGACGAAGACAGCGAGGAAGUAGCGAGUGAACCUUCUGGAAGACGGAAAACCAGGAGAAUUACUGCUAAUGGAGUAGAUCCGCAAGAACUCAAGUCGUUCCAGCGUCUCCUAGAGACUGAGCGAGAAGAAAGGCUUUGGAUCACCUCGAGCAGCGUCCAUCUUGCUUAA